AUGGAUAUGAUGAUAAAAUUAAAGGCGGUAGGGUUCCUCGUCAUCGGGGUAGCAGCAUGGGUAUCUUCCGCAGACGUGAUGGGACCACCGAAACUGGAUCCUAAUGAGUGGUGGGGUCCAGAGGAACUCAAGUCUUCAUGUGCAAAUGAUUCAUCCAUCAGGCCGGUCCGGGUUAGGUUCUAUCCAGAGAUGAUACGUGAUCUGAAAAGUCGUAUCCGUCGUCAUUUUCAAAGAAACUCUCGUACAAACUUCCCACCUGUGAAGGAUGCGAAGUUUAACUAUGGCUUCAGCACCACUCAGUUGGACUCCUGGAUGAAAUACUGGUUAGAAGAUUACGACUUUGAGCAGAGAGAAGAGUUCUUCAACCAAUACCAGCAUUACAAAACUAUGAUCCAGGGUCUGGAUAUACACUUCCUCUGGAUUAAACCUCAGGUACCCGAAGGAGUGAAGGUAAUACCUCUCAUGCUGUUACACGGUUGGCCGGGCUCCUUCCGCGAGUUCUACAAAGCCAUUCCCUUAUUAACCCAGCAAAGCGAAGGCCGUGACUAUGCAUUGGAACUUAUUAUUCCAAGCUUACCAGGAUUUGGAUAUUCUGAUGCACCAGUUCGUUCGGGCAUGGGAAAUGCUCACAUUGGAGUUGUUUUGAAGAACUUGAUGAGCAGGCUCGGCCAUGAGAAGUUCUACCUCCAGGGUGGAGACUGGGGAUCCCUCAUCUCCAGCACCAUUGCCACCAUGUACCAGGAUGACGUAUUGGGAUACAUUUCCAACAUGAUGUUUGUACUGAACACUUGCACCGAAGUGAGCACUCUCGCGGGCGCCGCCGCCACCGCCGCUGGACCCCCUGACAGACUCAACCCGAUGACAAUCAUCAUAGAGGAGAGCGGGUACACACUUCUACAGUCCACUAAACCUGACACUGUUGGAAUCGCCCUCGCAGAUUCGCCCAUAGGCCUGUUCGCGUGGAUAGCGGAGAAGUUCUCCACCUGGACUCGCAUAGCUCACCGCGAGCUGGAGGACGGCGGCCUGGGCUUCCGUUUCACCAAGGACGAGAUUCUGGACAACGUCAUGGUGUACUGGACCAGCAACUGUAUCACGCCAUCGAUGAGACUCGACGCCGAAAACUUCAGCUACAAAUACCGAGCCCUAGGAAUUGAUGGGUACUCCUCCAAAGUACCAGCUUGGGGCAUUAAAGCCAAGCACGAAAUCUUUGCGCAACCUCCUAACACUCUCAAGUACCCCAAUAUGGUGGGAUACUCGGAAUUGGAAGACGGCGGACAUUUCCUGGCGUUUGAGCUUGCAGAGCUGUUCACCAAAACUGUCUUAAAUGCGAUUGACAAUAUCAUUGUAUACCAUCGCAAAAACAAAACAGAGUUGUAA